AUGGCCGCACAGUACCUGUGGAGUCUGCUUCUCUGGGCAGCACUACUUCCCAUUGCGGAUAUUGGUGCCCAAGUGCAGGGACAGGUAGGGGGCUCCGUACUACUAGUGGCAGAGCACCCCCCCAGCUUCCAAGUCCGAGAGGCCAUCUGGAGAUCUCUCUGGCCAUUAGAGGAGCUCCUGGCCACAUCUUUCCGGGGCUCCCUGGAGACUCUGUACCACUCCCGUUUCCUGGGCCGAACCCUGCUGCACAGCAACCUGAGUCUGGAGCUCCGGCCACUGGAGUCUGGAGACAGCGGCAACUUCUCUGUGUUGCUGGUGGACACAGGAGGUCGGGCCUGGACCCAGAUCCUGCAGCUCAAGGUGUAUGAUGCAGUACCCAGGCCCAUGGUACAAGUGUUCAUCGCUCUAUCAAGGGAUGCUCAGCACCCCAAGACCUGCCAGGCACUCCUGUCCUGUUGGGUCCCCAACAUCAGUGACAUAACCUAUAGCUGGCGACGGGAGGGAACUGUUGACUUUGGUAUCGAGCCACAUGGCCUCUUCAUGGAUGGACAGGUGCUGAGGCUUUCACUGGGACCAAGAGACCAGGGCGUGGCCUAUUCCUGCAUUGUCUCCAACCCUGUCAGUUGGGACUUGACUACAGUCACCCCAUGGGAGAGCUGCCAUCAUGAGGCUGCACCAGGGAAGGCCUCCUACAAAGAUGUACUUCUGGUGGUGGUACCUGUCUCGCUGCUCCUGAUCCUGGCUGGUCUCCUCUCUGCUUGGCACUGGGGCCUCUGCGCAGGGAAAAAGAAGAAGGAUGUCCGUGCUGAUGAAAUGGCUACAGAGACAGAGAACACCCUGGUGUAGGGUCUGCCAU